ACUCAAUGAUUGCGACAAUUAUUGACAAUUAAUUUCAUAACAAAUCAUUUGAAAUCAAGUCUUCAAUAAUGUCACUGAUUAUCAAGUUUGCAGAGCUUUUGACACCAGUUCUUAAGGAAUCCAAGUUCAAAGAGACUGGAGUUUUGACCCCCGAAGAGUUUGUGAUCGCUGGUGACCAACUGGUGCAUCAGUGCCCCACAUGGAAGUGGGCGACCGGUGAUGAGUCCAAGUGUAGGGAAUAUCUGCCGAAAGACAAGCAAUUUCUGGUCACAAGAAAUGUUCCGUGCUUUAAGAGAUGCAAAGACAUCGAGUAUUUGGAGGAACAGGAGAAGAUCAUAGAUAAGGAGGACGGGGACGGCGGUUGGGUAGACACCCAUCACUUCGCCAACACUACCGAACAGGUCCUCGAAAUGACACUUUCGGCCAAAGAUGGCAAUAAAUGCCCCGAAAAGUCAACGGUUGUGGCGAACGCUACCGAAGAUUGCGAUGAAGACGAAGACGACGGCGAAGCGGAAGAUAUGGAGAACUAUUUGGCGUCCGGACUCAUGGAUGACGCCGACGAGGUAUUGCUCACCAACUGUGCAAUCGAUGGCUUCAAAUCCAUAUUGAAUUCGUUUGCGACUGUCGAUGCAAAUGAACUCAAAGCCAGUGCUUCCGCCAAAAGCGAUGACCCGUUGGAGUCAGACAUCGUGCCGACGCGUACUUAUGACCUGAACAUCACUUACGAUAAGUACUAUCAGACGCCACGACUCUGGCUCUGCGGUUACGACGAGAACCAGAAACCGCUUUCCAUUGAACAGAUGUACGAAGACAUUAGUCAGGAUCACGCCAAGAAGACAGUCACUAUGGAAACACAUCCACAUAUUCCGGGCGGACCCAUGGCCUCUGUGCACCCCUGC